AUCUUUAAUUUGUAUGUGUUGUUGGUCAACUCACGCCAAAUCUGGAAACUGUUCGCGUUUCGAUUGCUUAUUAAAGGCAGAAGAGAAUGUGGCGGCCAUGAGAGCCGGAGCCGGCGGCGGUCGUGCCCUUCGACGCGUCUCUUCCAAUUUCAUUGUCCUCCAUCAUCGGCUACGAGAUCCACGGCCUUUCUUUGCCCAACCCAUUUUCAACCCUAAAUUCAUGGCCCAAAAGGCAGAUUCCUUGCCGAUUCGGUCGGAAUUGGAGGCCGAUGGAAAGAAGGAUAAAGACUCCGUGAUGCCACCUAAAGAAGCUCCUCCGCCGCCGGAAAAGCCUCUGCCCGGUGAUUGUUGUGGCAGUGGAUGCGUCCGCUGUGUUUGGGAUGUGUACUACGAAGAGCUUGAAGAAUAUAAUAAGCUCUGUAAACAAAAUCAUACCCCUAAACCAUAGCAUUCUUGUACGAUUUCUGAUUGCUUGUUCAUCGACUGUGAUGACAGAUUUGUUAUAAUUUGCUGCGCCUUGUUUACAACUAUGAAAUGUAAUUGGCUUCAGUUAGGUCUCAAGACUCUAGUCCUUCUUAUCUAUGAUUCUAUUCACUUUUGUCCCAA